CUUCCGAUAUCUCCCGCAAUGCGAUGUUCUCCCAUGACAAGAUGGCUUAAGGUCUGAAUACUGUCCGAGAAAGCAGUCGGCUUACCCGACUUCAUCCGGCCUGCUGUCUGCCCAACUGCUGAUCCCCUCUCAGCCCUGCCAUUACCCCCCCUGACAAGUCCGUCUUGGCCUGGGGUAAGUGGGGCUGUGCUCUGGUAUAAGUGAAGCUGGCGUGGCUGGAUACGAAAUACGGCCAACUUCGUCCUAGCAUACCUCCUGGUUAUGAGGACGUGCGGUAUAUUCAUUGGCUUGAAAGAGGCCCAAAGCCUUGCCAUGGCGAUGACAUAUUGGGCAGACAGGAGACGGGAGUCUGCCAGUUGUUCCUGUGGCAGCUUCUUUUUGGCAGAGCUCAAAAGUGCAUAUAACGAGUCUAUGUCCAUGUUUCUUUGCUAUAGGUAGCUAUCAUUCAACCAUCCCGAGACAAUAGAACAAUCUGAGUCCAUAUUUCGAGUUCCAGCCAAACUCUAACACCAAGAUGUCCUCCUCCACCAAACCCCAAAACCAACAAGCAGACAUUCCUGCCUCCAUCCAGGACCUCCACUGCUUCACCGAAACCAACGGCGUCAUCACAACAACCAUGUUCGACGUCCCCGGCUACCGUGUCGUCAAAGUCCUAGGCGCAGUUUACGGCAUUACUGUCCGUUCUCGGAACUGGGCGGCAGGCAUGUCGAUGGUGCUGAAGAGCGUUGUGGGUGGUGAGCUCAAGUGGUUUACCAACCUGCUCUACUCGGCCAGAAACGACGCCAUCUCCCGCAUCGUAGCCGAGACCCAAAGCAGAGGCGGCAACGCCGUCAUCGCCCUCAGAUUCGAUGCCGGUGACAUGGGCGGGUUUGCCCAAGUGUGCGCGUAUGGAACUGCUGCGGUUAUCGAAAAAAUCGACCAGAGCGUCGAGACCCAUCCGCAACUGAUUCGGACAUCUUGAGUUCCAACUAGGAGAUUGGCGGUGGAGAGGAAGGAGUUAAUCUGUUUCUAUUCAUGAUGCCUCAUAUUGUAACGUUAAAGAAUAGUCAUGUACCAAAACGCCGAUC